CAAUGCAGUCCCCACUAAACGCACUGCCCCCGUUCAAAUGAAUAGAGGGCUGCCGUUUUUUCACGCGUUGCCGGAUUUGGUGUGAACGGGGCCUGACAUACAGCCUUCGUGGUCACACACGUUAGUAUGUAUGCAUGGUGUACAGUAUUUUGAAGACAAACUGGUCCGUGUUCCGGUGUGGCUCUCCUAGGCUUGACGCAGCUCCGUGUGUGAACUGUGAAGAUGUUUUGUAUGGGUGAUUUUUUCACGUUUUGUCCGGUUAUAACCGCCUCUUCUCUCCGGGCCUGAGGUGUAACUCGGAUAUGAAGGUUUAAAACGCCGCUCGUCGCUUCAGAGUGUCAGGGGUGUCAGGGAUGCGGCGCAGGCUUUGCAAGUUCAUUUCAUCCCUGCCAGCCGCGGAGCAGCAGCGUCCUGCUGAGAGAAGGAAGCCGUCCAGUGGAAAUGUUGUGCAUCUGCAGGGAGCCGUGGCCCCGGAGCUCAGCUGGCAGAGCUGAAGAGGCCUGAGCGGUCUCCACCUUACGGAUUAGAUGGUGGCAGAAGGCAAGAGUGCAUGACAAGAUAAACAAACACUGAGGCCGUGCUGCCUGAGCUGCAGAUAAGCAGUUGUGUUGCUUUUUCUGGGGCCUUUCUGGGUACCAUAGACUCUGUCUGUGGGAGUAGAUGUGCCCAUUAAUAAUACAUGUAAUGGGCAGCAGCCCCUGAACUGUAGGCUUGGAACUGGGCCGGUUUGUUUUUCUAACCCUUAAAGAAAGGUGACUGAAAAAAAUGGCUGACCACGAGGAGGCAGAGUUGUCCGAGUCCCUUCAGAAGGAGGAUGAGUUCUCUAGCGAGCAGGAGGAGCCGGGUACGAACUUUAAAUCUAAAAGUCUGCCAGUAUUAAACGAAGAGGCGCCUCAAGAGGAAACCUUACUGUCUAGUUCAGCGCGGAUGUCCAUAACGGUGGAAGAGAGCGCAGAGUUUAUCCAGCUCCCGGCCAAGACUGAGUCCUUUCAGACGGAGUCCCCGACGAGAACGAACUACACACCCAACCCGGGGAAGUCGGCGCUGAACAGGCCGAGCUCCUACAUGGAGAACACGGAGAUCCGUAGGAGUAAAAACAUGGCGAGGAGGAAGCCCCCGGGGUUUUUUGCUUCCAGGCUGGCGCGGAUUCGUCUGCCCAGCAGGAAGUACCUAGCUGUUCUCAUACAGGACUCUCGCUGCUUCCUGUUCUGUAUGUGCUACCUGACGUUCAUCCAGUCGCUCAUGGUGUCGGGCUACCUGAGCAGCGUCAUCACCACCAUAGAGAAGAGGUACAGCCUGAGGAGCUCUGAGUCCGGCCUCCUCGUCAGCUGUUUCGACAUCGGGAGCCUCCUCGUGGUCGUCUUCAUCAGCUACUUCGGCGGGCGGGGUCAGAGGCCUCGCUGGCUGGCGGUGGGAGGGGUUUUCAUUGCCGUGGGCGCCGCCCUCUUCUCCUUACCUCACUUCAUCUCCCCGCCAUACCAGAUCCAGGAGGUCAACUCGUCCUCGGGCAACGAGGGCCUGUGCAUGAACAGCAACGCCAGCGGUAGGGACCGCGUCGACAUCACCUCCUGUCCCAGAGACCAGGAGGGCAACGAGCACAACCUGUACGUGGCGCUGUUCGUCAUCGCCCAGAUCCUGGUGGGCAUGGGAUCCACGCCCAUCUACACCCUGGGACCCACCUACCUGGACGACAAUGUCAAGAAGGAGAAUGCCUCGCUGUAUUUAGCCAUCAUGUACGUGAUGGGAGCACUGGGCCCGGCGGCUGGUUACCUGCUGGGAGGAGUCCUAAUCGGUUUCUACGUGGACCCCAAGACCGUUGUUAACAUCGACCAGAGCGACCCCCGCUUCAUCGGCAACUGGUGGAGUGGGUUCCUGCUGUGUGCCGUGGCCAUGCUGCUGGUCAUCUUCCCCAUGUUCACCUUCCCCAAGAAGCUGCCGCCCCGACACAAGAAGAAGAAGAGGAGGAAAAAGCUGAGCCUGGACGACCUCUCCAGCGACGACGACGUCCUCAAGGAGAAGAGCAACAACAACAAGAGCCAGGCGGUCACCUCGUCCAUGGGCUUCGGCAAGGACAUCAAAGACCUGCCCAAGGCCGCAGUGAGGAUCCUCAGCAAUGUGACCUUCUUGUUCGUCAGUCUGUCCUACACGGCCGAAAGCGCCAUCGUCACAGCUUUCAUCACCUUCAUCCCCAAGUUCAUCGAGUCUCAGUUCGGCAUCCCGGCUUCCAACGCCAGCAUCUACACCGGUGUGAUCAUCGUGCCCAGCGCCGGCGUGGGCAUCGUCCUGGGCGGCUACAUCAUUAAGAAGCUGAAACUGGGAGCUCGUGAGUCGGCCAAGCUGGCCAUGAUCUGCAGCGGAGUCUCCCUGCUCUGCUUCUCCACUCUGUUCAUCGUGGGCUGUGAGAGCAUCAACCUCGGAGGAAUUAACAUCCCUUACACCACCGGGCCGACUCUCACCAUGACCCAGAGGAACCUGACCGGAGGUUGUAACGUGAACUGUGGUUGUAAAAUCCACGAGUAUGCUCCAGUAUGCGGCUCUGAUGGCAUCACUUACUUUAACCCCUGCCUGGCUGGCUGCAACAGUGUGUCCAACGACAGCACCGGGAUUCGCAACUACUCGGACUGCGCCUGCGUUCAGAGCCGGCAGGUCAUCACGCCGUCGUCCAGCGGUCAGGGCAGCAACCAGCUGCAGCUCGUCAUCGUCAAGACCUACCUGAACGAGAACGGCUACGCGGUGUCAGGGAAGUGUGACCGCACCUGCAGCACCCUCAUCCCCUUCCUCAUCUUCCUCUUUAUCGUCACGCUCAUCACCGCCUGCGCUCAGCCCUCCGCCAUCAUCGUCACCCUCAGGUCUGUCGCAGAGCAGGAGCGGCCGUUCGCUCUGGGAAUGCAGUUUGUUCUCCUCAGGACUCUCGCCUACAUCCCGACACCCAUUUACUUCGGCGCUGUCAUCGACACCACCUGCAUGUUGUGGCAGCAGGACUGCGGCGUCCACGGCUCCUGCUGGGAGUACGACGUCACCUCCCUGCGCUUCGUCUACUUCGGCCUCGCCGCGAGCCUCAAGUUCCUUGGCUUCCUCUUCAUCUUCCUCACCUGGUACUCCAUCAAGUACAAGGAGGAGCGGGUGGAGCGCUGGCUCAAGCGCCACCUGUCACCUGUCGACACCGUUGGCAGCCUCGUCUGCCACCCGGGCGGCCACAAGGGCCACGCCCGCACCCGCUCUUGCCCCGUCAACAUCCCCCGAACCGACCCCAAUGCUCUGCCCGCUAACGCUCCGCUGCGCGCCGGCGCCCUCAACCGUGGUGUCAGCACCCAGAGUUGCCCUGGCAACGAGCUGAAAGCAAUAACUCCUACUCCCCCUGCAGCCUCGCCGUCGUCUACAGCGACGCCUGCCCCCACGCCGGCACGUUCGCUGGAACACGUGUCAGUCCGUGUCUGAGCUUCAGAAAGGGGGGUGGGCGAUGGACCGACUUCUCUUCUAUUCUGAAAUCCAGUCCGCUGUGGACAUGGCGUGGAUUUUAGCUGCUGUCAAUGGCACCGAUCAUCACCUGGAGGUCCAGCUCUCAUCUCUUUUUCGCUGAUAAAAAAAAAAAAAAAAACACUCAAAGUGACUUUUAAGUUUCAUCUGCACCGCUGACUUCUGAGGUCAAAAACCAACUGCUAAAAGUCACGAUUCAUUGUGAACCUCCAGAUCAGCGGUCAGAUGGCGUUAAACGGCUGUAAGUUGGACUAAUUUAGGGAUCAGCCAGCCCAGGAGACCCUCCUCUGACACGAAAAAAAUCUGCUUGGUUGGUGAAAAUAUUGAAAGCGGUCGGGUGCUUUCUUUGUGAUCUACCAGACACUGCAGCAGGCGGACAAAGGCUUAGCUUCCCCGCUUUGGGUGGAGGAGAGUUCAUCGCUCAUAACAUCACUCAUAACCCCCCCCCCCCACCCGCCCGCCCCCCCCCCUCCUCAUGCACCUCGGCAAUAUGUGCCUUCUGCCACUACGGUCCUCACAUGUACAGUACACUUUCAAACACUACACUUACAAACAACACAUUAGACGCCCCCCCCCUCAGACAGACUGUGGUCAUCCUGUAGGAAUAAUAAAAAAAAAAAUUCACCUGAACAGAUACCUCAGCUUCACCAAUCCUCCUGCUUCCCCUUCACCUCACGUCUCCGUGUGCUUCUUCUUCAGUUGUGGUUUUUUUGUUUGUUUCGUCACCAUCAUGCGAGCGACUUUUGUUUUUCCGGACACUGCAUAUCAGCUAUCUCAUGGAACAAAAAAAAAAAAAAAAAAGAAGAAAAAAAAAAACCAACCCUAUGGAAAUGUGAUACACUGCAAUUAAGUGUUCAGAACUGGAAACCGAUGGCAUGGUGCUAUGUGAAAAAACAAUGUUAAGCGUCGAAUUUUUUUUUUUUUUUCUUUUUUUUUGUUCUUUUUAGUCAUUUUCGUUAGGGUUAAAAACACUUGAAAAGAACCCAACUGGACAAUAGGUCACUGGGCUAAGCAGCUUGGCUCGCACAGAAUGCAUUCCUGUCCGAUGCAAGGCCUUUUGUCGCUCCCCUGACACAAUGACACGUAGUAUUACCGCUGGAAGUCGGAUUGUUUGGCUUUUGCCAGCUCCAUACAAUGCACCCAUACAUCCGAGCCGUUCCCCCCACCCCUUCCCCAGACCGGCACCCUGAUGAUAAGUGGUUUAACCUGAAAAGAACAGGAUCGGCAUUUUCCUCCUGACCACAUUCUUGGCUGGAUGAGUCACCGGGGAUUCUCCACACGUCUGGAAGAACACGGAAAAGGAAAAAAAAAUCUGGAUCUGGAGUUUUUUUUUUUAUUUUUUAGAGAUUGGACUGGGGAAAGUGCUCCGGCAUUCAUGUCUGACUGUAUUUCUGACUACUUCCCAGGCUCGACGAGAGAUGCAUCCAAUCAUUUUCCAACAGCAACACUCAACAUUUGUACUGAACAUGUAAGCAGACGAGUAGUCAUGUAGAGGUCAUAGUGUAGUCGUCUGUUCCUCGUCAGCUGCUGGUGAAUUUUUUGGGGAUGGAUAAAGUUAGUUUCCUGCAUCGCGUACAUGUAGGAUCUGAGCAGUAGUCCCAGUGGUUUAUGGGUAAGAGGAUAUCUUUGCGCGGUUUUCCUCGCCACAUGCCAGACCGGUUUGCAUACAUGCAGAUAAAUUGUAGAACGAGAAAAGAAGGUUGUGAACAGUUUUCUGAUUUAGCGAAGUCACUGGAAAAGUCUAGAAAAUGCUGUCGGUCACUGUCGAGCUGCAGCUAAUGAUUAUUUUCGUGAUUGAUUAAUCUUUAAAAUUCACCAGUUAAUCGCUUGAUCAAAAAAAAAGAAGAGGCAAAAAAUUGUGACAAAUGCUUCUCUUAAAUACUUAGAGCCCAAGCUGAUAUCUUUAAAUGUCUUGUUUUGUCCAAACAACAGUCCUAAACCCAAAGAUAUUCAAUUUGCAAUGAUAUAAAACAAAGAAAAGCAGAAAAUCCUCACGAUUUAAGACGCAGGGACACGAGUGUUUGACAUUUUUUGCUUCGUAAACGGCAUAAUCGAUCGAUCUAUUAUCGAAAUUGUUGAUUAACUUUCUGUCACUUGACUAAUCGAUCAAUCAACUAAUCAUUAUAACACUAUAUUAGACCCCAAGGGCACAUAUGUUUAACAGUUUAGGCCAGUUGUAGUAGUUGUGUUUUCCUUCCUGAUGAAUAAUUUUCACUAGAAUAAUCUCAUCACAGCGUGCAAAAAAAAAAAAAAAAAAAAAAAAAUUCUAAUCAUCAGGUAGUUUUGUGUCCAUUAUUGGGCCCUAAAAGUGAAAAUGGAAAGAAGGCACUUAAGUCUUUAAAAUUCUUGAAACAAGUUUUAGAAUAACAAACAAAAAUGUCGUUUUUCCCUUUGCAGUGUCGCAUAAUCCUCUAAUCGUGCCAUUUUCCUGGCAUUGUGAAGAGCAGAAAUGUACCAGAAUGCAGACAGAGAGGAUGCUUUUUAUUAUUAUUAUUAUUAUUCUUCAGUAGGAACAACACAAUCGGCAUUUUAAAUCUUAUUCUAAAAGUAGUUAGUUUGGUAAAAAUAGUGGAAGUUUUGGAUUUAGCAGCGGCUGUGGUCAUGGAUGAAAAAGUUAAGAUCCCUGUCCUUCGUACAGCUCGGUGACAUUUUUAAAGGCGUUUUCCGAGGUCCGGUCAUGUUUAACUGUUAACAUGAGGAUUUAAAAAACGGUGUGCAUUUUCAAGCAUCUCACCUCAGAUUAGGACAUUUUUUUUUGUGCAGUAUUACCACUUAUUUCCUUAAAGAGCAGCCUCAGUGCUCAUGGCAGGCAGUGUUACAGCCCUGUGAGUCAUGUGUGUUUGUUACAAAUCCCUCCUUUUUAUUUUCCCCCCCUUCAAUCUUCAGACCUCAACGAAAUAUUUUUGAUUUACGGACGCUUGUUCUGCCUGUUGGAGGUUGAGUGUUUCAUGUAUAUACACACACACAUACAAGAUGCAGUAGUGAUUAGUCUGCCGGGUCAGUCGCUGUCGUCCGAGGACACCUGCUGGUUAGUUAUGGAACAGCAUGUUAAGCCAGAGAUGAGACUUCUCAGGCGUUUUGAUAAGUCAGAUCCUGAACAAGAGAAGGAAAAACUUUUGAUGAAAAAAACAAAACAAAAACAAAACAACCAAAACAGUAUGUUUAUUAGGAAAAGUGAAGUGUUCAAAUUUGUGUGUUUGACACAGUGGGGUUCUGUGUCUCAUGUAAUCAAUUAUUUUUAACAUUUGAGACUUUUCAAUUGAUGGUUAGAAUGAUUUAAUUGUUCCAUUGGGGCUUCAGCUAACAGUUAUUGUUUAUUAAGCUGCCAAUUUUUUUUUUCUAUGAUUAAUGGAUGAAUUGUUUGGUCUAUAAAAUGUUAGAAAAUAGUGAAAAAUGCCUGUUACAUUUUCCUAAAGUUCUUCAAAUGGCUUUUUGUUCAACCAACAGUCCAAAAUCCAGAAAUGAUCGAUUUAUUAUCAGAUUAGAUAAAGAAAAGCAGUAAAUCCUCACUAAUGAAAAGCUGGAAGAAGUGAAUGUUUGCUAUUUAAUAAAGCUAAAAUACAAACAUUCACUUCUUCCAGCUUUUCACUAGUGACUUAAAGGUGCAGUGUGUAGCAGAAAUGGAGUAUAAUAUUCACAAGUUGUUGUUGCACCACAUGUUUCUACAGUAGCCCAGAAUGGACAAACCAAACACUGGCUCUAGAGAGGACCUUUCAUGUGUUUUGUGAGUUUCGCGGCCACUGUACAUGCAUGGUAGGGGGAGGGGUUAUCAGUUACCCCCAGAUACCAUUAAAUCCUACACACUGGACCUUUAAAUGACUUAUUAUUUUACUUAUUGUCAGCAAAUCUCAUGUGCAGAGCCAAACAAACAAUGAACAACGAACUGAGCCAAACAAAAAUGAUCUACUUACAAGUAUUUUGUGUAUCCAAAGUCUGAUGUGUUUGUAUUCAGUAGACCUCGUUGUUGUCCAAAAACCACCACACCCCUGUGCAUACAAGGAACCUCUCCCCUGAGAGUUACUAUCUUAUCACUAUUUUUACUCUUUGGAGACCUUUCUAAACACACAAUGGUAAUCACUGUCUUCAGGGAUGAAGGAACAUGUCACCCAGUGCAGCGUUGAGGCUCAUUGAAGUGUUUUUAAUAGUUUUUGGACGACAACAGACGUCUAUCUACAGCACAGAGGAAUAAGAUAUAUCAGGCUUUGGAUACACACACAACACUUGUAAGUUCAUUGCUGGUUUCUGCACGUGAGAUAUGUUGACAAGAAGAAAAAUAUAGAGACUUGCCAGCCAUAUAUUUUAAACAAUUACUUGAUUAUCAAAAUAGUUGCUGAUUUGAUUUUCAGUUGUUCAACUAAUCGAUUAAUCGACUUGUUGUUUCAGUUCAAACUGGAGAACCUAGCAGGUCAUUUUUAUUAACAUCUGCUGCAUUUUGAAGACAUUUCUUAAAUCCUGAAAGAUGUUUUUUUUUCUGGUGUUUGUAGAUUUUAACCCGUUUCACAAGCCAAACUCAUACUUGUGUUUCCUCCACUACCUUUUACAUGAGGAAUACGAUCGCCAAACUUCUCAGUUUAUAGAUGUUACUAACGUUGUGACCAAGCAUUCGAUGCCAUCUUUUGAUACCUGACAGUUUCCAAAAAGUAUUGAUUGUAUAUCCAACCCCACAAACUGAAGGAAACGCAUCUUCUUGCUCGUUACGUCACUUCUAUGCAUCACCAAAAUGCAACCUUUUCUCAUCAUUUAUAUCUAUACAUUGUCCGUCUUUGUGAGGGAGAAGCAUCUUGUGAAAUGGGUUAAAAAUCGACUUCACUGUGCAGCAGAAUGAAUAUUUUUAACGCUGGCAGGAUGAAAGUUUUUCAGGAUUUUGGAAAUGUCCUCAAAAUAGGCGUUUAAGUGUCUCUUUUUUUUUUUUUUUUUUUGAGGAAAACAGUGGCUCACAUCUGUCACUUUGAAGUCUUGAAUGUAAAGACGCCGAUAACACGGAAGACACAAAUUUACAGCGGAUGUGUUGACAGGUUUCAAGGCUGCAAUAAUCAAUUUUAAUUAUAUAAGUAAAAGCAACAUCUGCUCAGCAAAACGAGAGCUCACAUUUGAUGCGUGUUUUUUUUUUUUCAUGGUGUCUAAAUUAACUCGUAAGACGACAAAAUGCGGGGGAAGAGAGGGAGGAGAUGGGACACAUCCCUGUCCGUCAGAUAGGCAAACUGUUCAGGAGAAAAGUCUGAAGGGACACAAAGGAGCCGCUGUUUUCACGCCAGGUGGAAAAGUACUUUGUGAUCAUCUUACAACUGCCAAAAAAAAAAGUAGCGAAGAAGAAAACUUUGGCGCAUGGUUUCAGUACUCAACACAGUAGAGACAGUAGAGUAGAAUAGAAUCACAUAACAUUCCAUUUUCAUGUAAAGCGAGAAACUACAAACAGAAAUAAGUCUUGUGUGGAUCCGUGUAGUGUUAGUGAAGCACUGAGAUUCUCACCCACCUAUGUUCUGUUUCUCUGUGCCUGCGUUUCACAUUUAAACUGCUGUUUUCAGUUUGUUUGUUUUGUUUUUUUUUUACUUCCUGCGCAGCUGGUGUCGCACUUUCAGCUCGAUCGCCACAAAAAAAAAAAUCACACAGACGGGAUGAAAUGUUGAGACCGUCUUCCUCAUAGCUGCGUCUCCAUCUCCUGUCCUGUCUUGAGGUGUUAUAAAUGCCUUUUUUUUUUGUUGUUGAAGAGAAUUCUCACUAUCUUCGUAUUUCAGGGUUCAUUUAACUGUUUGGUGGAUUUUUCUUUGUCUCGUGUUAAACGGGUCGAAGGUAGAUCGCGCUGCUUCAUGUUUUAGAUACUUUUCCCGCAGCUUUAGAUGAUCUAAAAUAACGGGGAAAUAUCAGAUGUUAGUGUCAGUAUCUCAGAAUCAGUUUUGCACUCAAGCAAAGCCAAUACAGAGAAAGGAAAGUGACAGUUUUUUUAUAGCGACUGUUUCUUCAGGAGAAAGUAGUUUCAUUGAAAACUAUCUCUAAUCGGAAGGGAGAAAAAUGUUUUUUUUUUUUUAGGUAUUCAGGUGAAACGAUCUUUAAAAUUUUGGCCCUGAAGCUUCUAAGGGUUAAGAUUUUAUCAUUCAG